CGGUCGGAUAGUUUAGAUCAGUGCACCUGACAGUUCACUGCCCAAAAAGUUCCCCCAGGCAACCCCGCGAAGAGAGAGGGCCAUGAAGAUGCCAUCGGGCGGCCCGUCCUUGUUGCGGGAGCUGCUAAGCUCGGAGCCUGCCUGGAAGGAUGACGAGGUGUGCGUGGUGGGGAUAUUCGGGAAGACGGCGCUGCUGCAGGGCGCCUGGGACAAGGGCUGCCUGGUGAACUCUCUGUGUGACCGGCAUGUGUUCCCCCUCUUCCACCGGCCGCCGGAACAGGCCCGGGAGCGCAGCCUCUUCCAGACGUACUACGAGCAGGAGUCCCGGGUGCUGUACGUGCUGCUGACUGGCAUCAGUGACACGGCUCAGCUGGCCCGGGCGUGCGAAGAGCUGGGGCGUGGGGUGCCUCAUGCAGAGGCGCACGAGUUCUGGAAGGAUGAGGAGAAGCUGUACUGCAUGCAUGUCCUCUACCUGUUCUGUGUGUCCCACCUCCUGCUGCUGGUACAUCCCACCUGCUGCUUUGACAUCGCCUAUGAGAAGCUCUUCCGCGCCCUGGACAGCGUCCGCCAGAAGCUGCUGCCGUCCCUCAAGCCGGCGCUCAAAGAGUGCCCUGUGGGGCUGGAGUGGAAGCUGAAUGCCCGGCCCUGCCCUCCCCGGCUGCUCUUUGUCUUUCAGCUAAACGGAGCCUUACGAGGGGUGGAACCCAGCAGCCGCGGAGGUGGCCAGGCGGCCGUGGACGGUAAGCCCAAGAAGCACUCGCCCAAGAGGAGGCUCCAGCACGCCCUCGAGGACCAGAUCUACCGUAUUUUCCGGAAGAGCCGCGUCCUCACCAAUCAGAGCAUCAACUGCCUGUUCACCGUGCCGGCCAACCAGGCCUUCGUCUACAUUGUGGCCGACCAGGAUGACGACCCCAUUGGGAUGUUACUGGAGGGCCUGAGACAUCACUGCACAGUCAAGGACACAGACUCUUCCGGCAUAGCGAUGCCGAUCUCGGGGCCCCGGCGCUUCCAGAUGAUGAGGCACAGCCGGCAGCAGCUGUCCUUUACCGCGGAGAGCAGUGCUAGUGUGUCUGGGCAGCUGGUGGACUGCACACUUAGCGAGUUCCUCUUCCAGCAUGUGGAGCUGGUACUCACCAAGAAGGGCUUUGAUGACAGUGUGGGCAGGAACCCACAGCCCUCUCACUUCGAGCUGCCUACCUAUCACAAAUGGGCUAAUGUGGCCCUGAAAUUGUACGAAGUCAUCAUAGAGAAUAAAGAUGAUGAUCCUCCUGCUUUCCCAGGCGGCUAUCCUCCAAAGCUAUUGGCCAACAUGAAAGUGCUAGAAGGCUAUUUGGAUGCUGACACAAAGUUUUCCGAAAACAGGUGCCAAAAAGCACUUCCUUUGGCACACAGUGCUUACCAGUCCAAUCUGCCACAUAAUUACACUACCACUGUCCAUAAGAAUCAACUGGCACAGGCAUUGAGGGUAUAUAGCCAGCAUGCCCGUGGCCCAGCUUUUCAGAAGUAUGCUAUACACCUUAAUGAAGACUGUUAUAAAUUCUGGAGCAGUGGCCAUCAGCUUUGUGAAGAGAGGAGUCUAACAGAUCAGCACUGUGUGCACAAAUUUCACUUGUUGCCAAAACCAGGAGAGAAAAUUGAACCUGAUAGAAACCCCCCUAUACUGUAUCACAAUAGUCGUGCAAGGUCAACUGGAAACUGUAACUGUGGGAGAAAACAGGCACCUCGUGAGGACCCAUUCGACAUAAAAAGUGCCAAUUAUGAUUUUUAUCAGAUGCUAGAAGAGAAGUGCUGUGGAAAGCUAGAUCAUAUUAACUUCCCAAUAUUCCAGCCUAGCACGCCUGACCCUGCACCCGCAAAGAAUGAAACUUCUUUUACUUCUGCAGAGGUUGAAGUAGAAACAGAGAAGCUAAAAGAUAAAGAACCUCAAACACAAGGUGAAAGUACUAGCUUAAGUCUGGCUCUCAGCCUGGGUCAGUCCAGUGAUAGUUUGGGAACAUAUCCAGCUGAACCUCAAGCCGCGGCAGAAAAUGGAGAGGCUCCACGGGAAGGUUCGGAAGACAAAGGGGAAAAGAGGCCAAGUUUGGUGGACCGUCAAGUAUCCACCGUGGAAUAUCUCCCUGGUAUGAUGCACUCAAACUGUCUAAAAGGUCUCCUUCCUAAAUUUUCCAGCUGGUCACUAGUAAAGCUUGGUCCUGCAAAAUCAUACAAUUUCCACACUGGAUUAGAUCAACUUGGUUUUAUUCCUGGGACAAAUUAUUUGAUGCCUUGGGACAUUGUAAUCCGUACAAAGCCUGAAGAUGAAGGUGAUCUAGACACAAAUUCAUGGCCAGCUCCGAAUAAGUCUGUCCCUGGAAAACGAAGUGGAGUAGCAAUGGGAAGAGGCCGUAGAAGAGAUGAUAUUGCAAGAGCAUUUGUGGGUUUUGAAUAUGAGGACUCCAGAGGUCGCAGAUUUAUGUGCUCAGGGCCUGAUAAAAUAAUGAAAGUAUUAGGCAAUGGACCUAAAGAAUCAGCAGUUAAAGCCCUUAACAGUGACAUGCCUUUGUAUAUUCUAUCACCGUCACAAGGACGGGGACUUAAGCCUCAUUAUGCACAGCUCAUGAGACUAUUUGUUGUUGUUCCUGAUGCACCUUUACAAGUUACAAUGACGCCUCAGGUGCAAACCGGAUCUCCUCCCUGUCCUAUUUUCUUUCCUGAGAAGCAGGACAUCACACUGCCAGCUGACGGGUUAUGGGUUUUGCGAUUCCCUUACUCCUAUGUGACAGAACGAGGACCUUGUUACCCACCAAAGGAAAACCAGCAGCUGAUCAGUUACAAAGUUAUGAGAGGGAUAUUGAAGGCUGUCACCCUGUAGCACACAUUUUUGGAAUAUGUGACAUCAGAUUAAUUUGAUGGUGCAUAAAACAGGACUAUUAUUUUUGUAUAUAUU